AUGCCCCUCCCUGCUGAACCUGGACCUGAAUCCCGGGUGCCUGCGCCACAGCGCGGUUACGUACCUGUGGUAGGCUGUGGAGCGGGGCUGGAUUGUGAGACGACGCGGGCGGGGCUCGUUGAGCCUGAUGUUCUCAUGUCUAUCCUCCCGGAGGACGCGGGCAUCUACGUGCCUCAUCUUGGCAGGGCUUUGGAGGCACAUGUCAGCACUGUACUACGGCCUGGGCUGGAAGCUGCAAGUGCAAUUGCGUGGAUUGACGAGAGAAUUUCCAGCAUAACGCAAGGUCAAGGCAGCGGCGUCAACACCUUCCGCCUGAUGCAAAGCAACGCAGUAGCACGAGUUGAAUCGCGUUACGGCGUGAUUACGCGUAUCCCCGCCUCUGCUGGCGAUGCUGACGACGACGCCCCCCAAAUGGUCGUCAAGCUGGGUUUGAAGUGGUCCCCCAGUCUGGUCUUCGAGGACGAAGUCAUUCUCGAGCAGCGUCGGAAAGCGACAAUGGAGGCUCCCAACCCAGCCCCAGCCACCACCUCCAGCCAAUCAUGGACCUGUUUCAGCGGCAGCCCGCUGGUCAGGGCGCUCAGGGGAGCCUUGGAACCGCUCGCUCCAGCUGGUACCAGCGACGGCUACUGGUCGAUUGGCGCUGAUGGAUGGUCUCGGCUGCUGGUGGAGAAAGCGCUGGAGCUACCAGACAGGUAUUACGGAGCAUUUAUUUCAGUUGACCUUGCUCCGGUACGUCGCACGCAACUACUCAACCCCUUCUCGAGACGCUGCAAUGCUGCAGUCCCGAGGCCCUGGAUCUCGGGGGCAUUGGUCUCGUUGCUGACAAUUCUCCCUCAUACAGAAGAAGUUGCCGCUCUCGUCAUCGACAAUGGUUCGGGCAUGUGCAAGGCCGGUUUCGCCGGUGACGACGCUCCCCGAGCUGUUUUCCCUUCCAUCGUCGGCCGCCCCCGUCACCAUGGCAUCAUGAUUGGUAUGGGCCAGAAGGACUCCUACGUCGGUGACGAGGCUCAGUCCAAGCGUGGCAUCCUCACCCUGCGAUACCCCAUUGAGCACGGCGUCGUCACAAACUGGGACGACAUGGAGAAGAUUUGGCAUCACACCUUCUACAACGAGCUGCGUGUUGCUCCUGAGGAGCAUCCUGUCUUGCUGACCGAGGCUCCCAUCAACCCCAAGUCCAACCGUGAGAAGAUGACCCAGAUCGUUUUCGAGACCUUCAACGCUCCCGCUUUCUACGUCUCCAUCCAGGCCGUCCUGUCCCUUUACGCGUCUGGUCGUACCACCGGUAUCGUCCUCGACUCGGGUGAUGGCGUCACCCACGUCGUCCCCAUCUAUGAGGGAUUCGCUCUUCCUCAUGCCAUUGCUCGUGUCGACAUGGCUGGCCGGGACCUCACCGACUACCUGAUGAAGAUCCUCGCUGAGCGUGGCUACGCCUUCUCCACCACUGCCGAGCGCGAAAUUGUUCGUGACAUCAAGGAGAAGCUCUGCUACGUCGCCCUCGACUUUGAGCAGGAGAUCCAGACUGCAUCUCAGAGUUCCAGUCUCGAGAAAUCGUACGAGCUUCCCGAUGGCCAGGUCAUCACCAUUGGUAACGAGCGAUUCCGUGCCCCCGAGGCGCUGUUCCAGCCUUCCGUCCUUGGUCUCGAGUCUGGCGGUAUCCACGUCACCACUUUCAACUCCAUCAUGAAGUGCGACGUCGAUGUCCGAAAGGAUCUGUAUGGAAACAUUGUCAUGUCUGGCGGUACCACCAUGUACCCCGGUCUCUCCGACCGUAUGCAGAAGGAAAUCACUGCCCUCGCUCCCUCUUCCAUGAAGGUCAAGAUCAUUGCUCCGCCGGAGCGAAAGUACUCUGUCUGGAUCGGUGGUUCUAUUCUGGCUUCCCUGUCUACUUUCCAGCAAAUGUGGAUCUCGAAGCAGGAGUACGACGAGAGCGGCCCCUCAAUUGUCCACCGCAAGUGCUUCUAA